AUGGCAGAACCAACCACCGCUGAUUUGGCCAAGAUGAUCGAGGCCUUGACUGCAACGGUGGCGUCCCUGCAGACGUCCGUCGCCGCACUGCAGAAGGAGAAGUCUGCCUCCUCGUCGGGCGCUGACGGGGCCCACGAUGGGCAGCACCACAACGAUCGACCACCCCGGUUUCAGAAGAUGGACUUCCCCAAGUUCGACGGCAAGUCCGACCCUCUCGCAUUCAUCAACAGAUGCGAGUCCUUCUUCCAUCAACAACGGAUCGCCGAGGAGGAGAAAGUGUGGAUGGCGUCAUACAAUCUCGAGGGUACUGCCCAAUUGUGGUAUAUGCAGGUCCAGCGCGACGAGGGCACACCUCCGUGGCGCCGCUUCACCGAGCUGCUCAAUCUCCGCUUUGGGCCACCUCUGCGCGCUAACCCGCUGGGCGAACUGAUGGCAUGCAAGCGCACAACGUCCGUCGUCGACUUCCAGGAGCGGUUUGAGGCGCUCCUUCCCCGGGCAGGCUUCUUAUCGGAGACACAGAAGGUUCAGAUCUUCACCGCGGGACUCCAGCCACCCCUCAGCCUCGACGUGGAGAUCCACAACCCGCAGUCCCUCGCCGUCGCCAUGAGUCUCGCCCGCAAGUUGGAGCUGCGCGACCAGUGCGCGCUCGCCUCCGCGCCACCGGUUCGUUUUCAGCAGAAGAGGGCAUCCUGCCGGCGCCCGUACCACGCCUCGCGCCCCCCGCACCGGCACCACCAGCCGCACCCCAGCCUGCCCCCGUUCUGCCGGAAGGGCGCCAAAUCAAACGCCUGUCACAGGCGGAGAUGGAGGAACGCCGUCGCCUGGGCCUCUGCUUCAAUUCGCAUCUUUCUCCUCGACCUGGCGCCAGACGACGACGACGACGACGCGGCCUCCGCCACCGCUGAUGCCUCGCCGGCCGACCCUCGGAUCUCGCUCCACGCAAUCUCCGGCGUGCGCACGAGCGAGACCAUGCAGAUGCAUAUCACACUCGGGGGUGUCUCCCUCCUCGCCCUGAUCGACUUCGGCUCCACCCACAACUUCAUCGCCGAGGAGGCGGCCGCCCGUGCUACACUGCCAUCCCCCACCCCUGAGAAGAUGCGCGUAACGGUGGCCAACGGCGAGCGCGUUCCGUGCCAGGGCGCAUACCGCGCCGUGUCCUUCCACAUCGACCAAGAGGCGUUCUCGGAGGAUUUCCUCGCCUUGCCGCUCGCGGGCUACGACGUCGUCCUGGGCACGCAGUGGCUUGCGACGCUUGGACCGAUCCUGUGGGAUUUCCGCACCCUCUCCAUGACGUUCUGGCGGGAGGGCCAUCGGGUGUGCUGGCGCGGCAUUGCAAGACCGGCUGGACCAGCCCUGAAAUCAUGCAGCGGCCGCGACUUCCUCGACGCCAUCAUCACCGAGUUCGACGGCAUCUUCGCCGAACCCUCCGGCAUGCCACCACCCCGCGGCUGCGACCACGGCAUCACCCUGCUGCCCGGUUCCGCUCCGGUGGCCGUCCGUCCGUAUCGCUACCCGGCCGCGCACAAGGACGAGCUGGAGCGUCAGUGCGCUGCCAUGCUCGCCCAGGGCAUCAUCCGACGCUUCUGCAUCGACUACCGCGCCCUGAACGCCAUCACUGUCAAGGAUGCGUUUCCCAUCCCGGUGGUGGACGAACUCCUCGACGAGCUCCGGCGCGCUCGUUUCUUCACCAACCUCGACUUGCGCUCCGGCUACCACCAGGUGCGGAUGCGCGCAGAGGACAUCCCAAAGACUGCCUUCCGCACCCACGACGGCCUCUACGAGUUCCUGGUGAUGCCGUUCGGCCUCUGCAACGCACCGGCGACGUUCCAGGCACUCAUGAACGAUCUGCCGCGGUCGUACCUGCGCCGUUUCGUUCUCGUCUUCUUCGACGACAUCCUCAUUUUCAGCGAGACGUGGGCCGACCAUCUCCGACAUGUGCGCACCGUCUUCACCGUCCUGCACCAGCACCGGCUCUUCGUCAAGCGAUCCAAAUGCGCGUUCGCCGUCGAGUCGAUCUCCUACCUGGGUCACACCAUCUCAGCUGCAGGAGUGGCCAUGGACCCGGAAAAGGUGCAGGCAGUGGCCGACUGGCCGCAGCCACGCUCGGCGCGCGCGGUCCGGGGGUUCCUCGGCCUUGCGGGGUACUACCGCAAGUUUGUCAAGGAGUUUGGCGUGGUCGCCGCGCCCCUAACGGCCCUCCUUUGCAAGGACGGCUUCUCCUGGUCGCCGGAGGCGGUAGCAGCUUUUACCGCCCUCAAGACGGCGGUCACCAUGGCUCCCGUCCUCGCGUUGCCGGACUUCACACGGCCGUUCAUCGUCGAGUGUGACGCCUCUAUGUACGGCUUCGGGGCCGUCCUUCUCCAGGACCAGCACCCGGUGGCUUUCUUUAGCCGGCCGGCCGCGCCUCGUCACCGUUCCCUGGCAGCAUAUGAACGGGAACUCAUCGGCCUGGUGCUCUAUUCGUCAUUGGAGACCAUACCUCUGGGGCCGCCAAUUUGUGGUAAAAACUAA